AAUGAGCUCCCCGCGCCGGGGCGGGGCUGCGGCUCGGCCCGGCCGCAGACUGAUGCAAUCCCGCUGCCGGAGCGCUGGGGAGCCGCUUGCUGCAUAACCCGCUGCUGGGCCGGGCGCACGAGGAGGCUCCGCUGCCGCCAUGUCUGCGCUGCUCAUCCAGGAGACGGGCGAGCUGGCCCUGGGAGAGAUGUAUGUUUCUGAACGCGAGGGCUGCGAUUCUACUGGCGAUGGAACAGAGAAGAAGCCUUUCAAAACAGCUCUGAAGGCUUUGAUGACAGCAGGAAAAGAACCAUUUCCUACUAUUUAUGUGGACUCGCAAAAAGAAAAUGAGAGAUGGGAUGUUAUUUCUAAGACACAAAUGAAGAAUGUAAAAAAAACAUGGCAAAGAGAACAAAUGAAGCAUGAAGCUAGGGAGAAGAAAGAGGCAGAAGACAGUUUGCGACGAGAGAAGAACCUGGAGGACGCUAAGAAAAUUACCAUCAAGAAUGAUCCCAGUCUUCCAGAGCCUAAAUGCGUGAAGAUUCGUGCUCUAGAGGCACACAGAGGCCAACGAGUGAAGGUUUUUGGCUGGGUCCACAGGUUACGUAGACAAGGAAAAAAUUUGAUGUUCCUUGUGUUAAGGGAUGGCACAGGAUUUCUGCAGUGUGUCCUGUCAGAUGAACUGUGUCAGUGUUACAAUGGAGUGAUCCUCUCUACGGAGAGCAGUGUGGCAGUGUAUGGUACACUAAACCUUGUUCCUGAAGGCAAGCAGGCUCCAGGGGGCCAUGAGUUGAGUUGUGACUAUUGGGAGCUGAUUGGUCUGGCUCCAGCUGGAGGGGCUGAUAACCUGAUCAAUGAGGAAUCGGAUGUUGAUGUGCAGCUUAACAACAGGUAUAUGAUGAUCCGAGGAGAGAACAUGUCCAAAAUCCUCAAGGUUCGCUCGGUGGUCAUACAGUGCUUCAGGGAUCACUUUUUUGACAAUGGAUAUUACGAAAUCACUCCACCGACGCUAGUCCAAACGCAGGUUGAAGGAGGCUCCACGCUAUUCAAACUGGAUUAUUUUGGCGAAGAGGCAUACUUGACACAGUCAUCCCAGCUGUACCUGGAGACCUGCAUUCCUGCGUUAGGAGACACGUUUUGUAUCGCCCAGUCAUACAGAGCUGAGCAGUCCAGGACGCGCAGACACCUGUCAGAAUAUACUCACAUUGAAGCUGAAUGUCCUUUCAUGACCUUUGAAGACUUGUUGACCCGUCUGGAGAAUUUGGUGUGUGAUGUAGUGGAUAGAGUCUUGAAAUCGUCUGUAUCAACCUUCCUAUAUGACCUAAACCCGGACUUCCAGCCCCCCAAACGACCUUUCAAACGAAUGAACUAUACGGAUGCCAUUACAUGGCUAAAGGAACACGGUGUGAAGAAGGAAGAUGGCACUUACUAUGAAUUCGGAGAAGAUAUCCCAGAAGCUCCCGAGAGAAAGAUGACAGACACCAUUAAUGAACCAAUUUUGCUGUGUCGAUUUCCUGCAGAGAUAAAGUCCUUCUACAUGCAGCGUUGUCCUGAGGAUUCCCGGCUUACUGAAUCUGUUGAUGUAUUGAUGCCAAAUGUUGGUGAGAUUGUUGGAGGCUCAAUGCGUAUCUGGGACAGUGAUGAGCUACUAGAGGGUUAUAAGCGGGAAGGUAUUGACUCCACACCUUACUACUGGUAUACAGAUCAGCGUAAAUAUGGCACAUGCCCUCAUGGUGGGUACGGCUUGGGCUUAGAACGCUUCUUAACAUGGAUUCUGAACAGGCAUCACAUCCGUGACGUAUGUCUGUACCCACGCUUCAUCCAACGCUGCAAACCUUAACCACUUCCUCAGGAGAAAUUCAACAGAAAAUCAAAGCAACUUCUAAAAUCCUACAUGUGAGGGGGGGAACAGUGCACUAUGUCAUCCUACAGUCCGUCUAAAGGCAAGAGCUAUUGCUCCUUGUUGCUUGAGCCAUAAAGUAGUACAAUUUUACUAAAACAACUAUCUAAUGUAGCAGCUGAAAAGGUGAAAUUUUGCUUAUUUGGAAGGUAAAAUCACUUCUAAAAAUCUACAGAAAAAUUGCUAUUUUGUCAUUUUAAAAACACCAUCUGGUUGGGGCAUUGCAGCUUUUAGCUCAUAGCAAAGUUUUCAUAUUAGAUUGAUAUUUGAAACUUGCUGUGUGUACAAUACUUAACAUGCGACAUUUAUUUCUCCUCUGACUUUAACAUUUAAUCUGUAUGUAUCUUAAAACAUUGGGGCACUUGAUUUUCUUUUAAAGGUAAUUUGGUUUAUGUUCUAUCUGUGGCUUGGGGGUUGUUUUGGUUAAAUUUAAAGGCAGAUCAUUUAAAGUUACAAAUACUGUUGUGUAUUAAUAUGAGAGUGUUCAACACAAGUUUAAUAAAGAUGGAAUCAUGUAAACUGUUAAAAAUACAAUGUUAGAACAUUUGGGCCUUCACUUACCCAAGCAAAACUCUCUCUGCAGUCAGAAGGAGUGUAGAAUUGAGCACAUCCUCCUAAUACAAAAAGAUCUGCUUUCUUUUGUCAGAGUUCAUUCAUUUGGAAAUGAUGACUUCAGUUUUGCAAGGUGCAGAGCACCCUCUGCUGCUUUUGAUGUCUGCCAGAGAUCAGCAGGCUACACCUUGCAGAACUGGGCCCCUUAACAGGACCAGCCCUUUUACAGCCUACAUGCUGAAAUAGAGCGAGGUGGAUGUGUUCUUAGAAUGUUGUGUCUAGCUUCUCCUGUACACCUGCAUGUUUGAGCUCCCUUCAUCAGUUGGUCACUGUUGCUUGACACAUAGGAAGAAAACUGAAUUUUAAAGACACUGAUACAAUUUGGUAACUUUGUUAACUGAAAUAGUUUAAUUUCAGCAUUCUAUGAUUAUUUGGAUUAGUGUCCUCUUUAAGAGUAUUUUAAUCUAAGGAGCAUAUUUUCAUAGGUCAGUAAUGUCUUGUCUCCCAGGUGGCUCUGUACUGACUAAAGUUUGGGUAAUGGGCUCAGUGUACUGUUUCUGCUUCUCCUCUGUGGGUUCCCUCAAUGAUUGUAAUCAACUGUUACUUAAUUAUUAAGUGUUUUGAGCUGUCAGAAUGCAUUUUAGUCAUAAAUUAGAUUAAAUCUUACUGGAACAAAUAGUAGGUGGAUUAUUUGAGACCUACUUGGAUACUUGCCUUGGGACCUAGUCUGGACUUUUCAUCUACGCUGUAUUUGUAAACUGUUAAACUUCACAUUUAUGUAGCAAAACUUUGUUUUUCCUUUUAGAAUUUUGCAUGUUGCACAAUCAGUCCAAUCUGCCAGUCAAUAAAUUUAACAUAACAUACAAAAA